AUGCAACCUCGCGAUCCUGCCCGGGCCACAAUCGCAGACGUGCCCUCCCCGAGCCGCGUUGCAGCGGGCAGUAGGCGGAACAUACCUACCUGCCUUUUACUUGGGCCUCCCGCAGGAACUAUUCAAAGGCACUUACGGCAUCGACGUGCGGCUCAAACAGCUGCUGUUACCCUCGCGUUACAAAGUCGUCAUAGACGCCGCGUCCGACCAGGGCUCACACACGAAGCACCUCGUCUCUUACUUAACGGCGCCGGCUGCCGCUCAAACCCAUCUUCACCUCCUGAUGCCCGACUCAUAUCCGCAGCGCCAUACAUAACGCACUGUAGUAUCACACGUCGGCGGAACGGCGAAAACCACGUCGUCGUCAUGACGGCCAGCUAUCUCUCUCACAACCAUAUCCACUCCGCCGGCAUGGCGAUCCCGGCCGUCCGCCACCGCACAUUCUCCUCCUCCUCAAACUCCGUCUCCAACAUGCCGCCCUCCUCGUCCUCAUCUUCAUCAUCCUUCUCCGCCACCACGACCGCUUCCUUCUUCCAGCUGCCCACGACCAGGCGGCGCCACAAGCAGACCCGUCUCAUCGAGCAGCAGCAACAGCUGGAGCAGGCCGCCGCCGCCCACGAGCAGGCUAACCUCCGUGCCCAGGCCUGGCUCUACAUCAACGACUUCCUCGACACGUCGUCCGACUGGAGUGAGAUGCGCGAGCAGAUUGCCAUUGUCUGCGAGGCCGUCCCCACCAUGCCCGAGCUCAACGCCUACGGCGAGCUUGACGAGAAGGAGGGCACCGUCGCCUGCCGCCGCCUGUUUAAGGCCCCCGUCGUAUGGGAUCGCCUUGGCCAUAGCCUGUGGAAGACUCUCCACGCCGCCGCCGAUCAGCGCGCCAUCGCCCGCAAGCUCUUCGAGGCAGACUGGGCCGCCACCCUCGACGGCUUCACCGACGUCGACUACGCCGCCGCUGCUGAGGAGUCGGGUCGGAGCGGGCGCCGCCGCGCGUCCGAGUCGACCGUCGGCACGGGCAUCAGCUCGCGCAGCUCCAGCGUCUCGCCCCUGGACAGGGUCAACGAGUGCUGCGGCGCCGCCGGCGCCAAGGUCAAAAAGCAGUCGUCCCGCAUGAAGCUGUCGAGGAAGUUUUCGCCCUCGCGGCGAGCAUCGUCUGACACGGACCGCGAGAUUAGUACCGCCACCACCGCCGCUGUCACUCUGUCGCAGCAGCUGGACCACCACCGCCGGGACAGCUCCGACCUGGCCUACGGCGACCGGUCUGCCACACCGCGAAUCAUCCCGUCAAGCUACUUCUCGGCCAUGCGGCGCACGUUCGGGCUCUUUGGCGACAGCUCGCGGGAGCAGUCGCGAUGA